GGGUGUGCGUGUGCGUGGGUUCACGUGUGUGUGUGUGUGUGUGUGUGUGUGUGUGUGUGUGUGUGAGAGAGAGAGAGAGAGAGAGAGAGAGAGAGAGAGAGGAAGGGAGAAUGCCUUCGUCUCCGGGAGGUAAUCUUCCGCGCGUAAUGGAGUUUCUGGAUAGCGUGCUUCCAGAUCCAAGUUCGAGGGCAGUUAGUAGCGCGGUUGGUGUUGGUGGGAGGCGCAAGGUCGGGGGAUCGAUGUCGUCUCAGGUCUCUUCCCCGAACAACAUGAACAAUCCUGCUGGAUCCGUUCGUCUCCCAUACAGGGAGGAUGUCAUUUGCCGAAUUCGCAGCCAAAUCAUCUGCCUCAUUCGCGCAUUUUAUUUGCUGGAUGUGAGCACGGGUGUUUACGCACACGACAAUGGCCGAUUAGUUGACGUCCUGCAGUUGGACGGCACGAUACCAAUGGUCCAUCGAGGAAUCAAAUACAAUUUGCCCAUCAGGGUCUUCCUUCUUGAAGAUUUUCCACGCUUGCCUCCGAUGAUCUAUGUUGUACCGAGCCGAGACAUGAUCAUUUGCGCUAAUCACCCCCACGUGGACGCGUCAGGAAAAGUCUCCAUUCCUGAUCUGGAGUCGUGGACGUAUCCCCUGUCGAGUCUGUUUGACACAAUCUCCACCCUGUCUGUGAUAUGCGGAGAGAAUCCCCCGCUUUACACGAAGCAGAAUCGGGCUCCUUCGGCGCGGCAAGUAUCUUUGUCGCCGCCCCCUUCGACCAGGACUGUAUCCAGCGCGAGGUCGGGGGGCGCCGCGCGUCCCCCCUCGCCCGCCACACCAUCCUCCUCCCCUCUCUCGUCUCCUGCCGUGUCCAGUCCGAGGCCGCUUUCCCCACCUGUUUCCUUUCCAUCGCCAGCCGUGGGUGGCGGCAGCGAAGGCCUGGAGCGAGACCCGCGCAAUGCCAGGGUAGCCUCUCCUGUCUUUGGCAGGUCUCCGCCGUCUCCCGCGCCGUCCAGGGUCUCUGAUCACCCCCCCGCUUAUCCUUAUGAUCGCAGGGCGGGAACCGAAUCGACACCCUUUUCCCGCCAUUUCCGCGGUCAGAAUGACAGCGGCGGCGAGUACGACAACAAGACGAGCGCGCUUCUCUCUCUGUGUGAAAAGCUCGAUAACGACUUGGCAACGAAGGAGAGCAAGCUGUUGCAGGAGCAGGAGGCAUCUAUGGAUCUGCAGAAGCUGCUUGAAUCGCGAUUUGGUGAAAUUGAGGAGGGAGUCAGGGUGCUGAGGGAGGAGAAGGCAGCGUUAGAGGAACGACUGCAACUCGUUCUUUGUAACGUUGACGUGCUAGAGCGAUGGCUCUCCUAUGAGGGCAAUUGCAGCGAGGGUGUUGAGGAGGACGGCAAGGAUUCCAGUGCCACCGCUGAUGGUGGCAUGGGCGCCAGCGGGGCAUUACUGGCCAGCGAUCCAGUAGGAAACGGAUAUGACGGCGAUGGCGGGCGUCGCAUGCCGGAGAUCGCUGACUCCUGGGAUGAGGAUCGUCAUCUUCCCCCUCCUCCUUGGAGAAGGAUUCGACCAUCCAGGGGAACUGUCAACAUUGAUGAGGUCUUCGAGGCCGCGGAUGUGUGGUCGCGGAUACAGCUGGAGGCGACGGCGGAGGACAUGGCGAUCGAAGAUCUUUCCUACUGUCUAGAUGACGCUGUGCGGGCGGGGAUUAUCUCGUUGGACAACUACCUUCGGUACACGAGGUCGCUGGCGAGGGAGCAAUUCUUUCAGCGAGCGAUCUUCGUCAAGGCUCAACGGGCGAUGGACGCCAGGACAACAUCGCCCACCAUCGUUUUAUGAAGAAAGAAUAGAGGGGAGAAUAAGAUGGGCGCCUUCCGUUAGUGAACAUGUCCCCGCCUGUACGUACUCGAUUGGGUAAACAUUCGCCUGCCUCCCUGCGAGCGAAGCAGCACUCGUUCCCCCUGUCGAUGUUGGGCAGCGUUGUAUCGGGUCUCCUCGGGACUGAUGUCCCGAAGCGUGAAUGCUCCUGUAAAAGAGUGACUGAUUGUGCUUCCGCUUUCUUAAUAUGGAAAUCUCAACAGACCUGAUGUCUGCGUCUCCUAUAGUUGAUUGAUAGCAGUGUCCACGCUC